CCAGGCAAGUCGAUAUAUGAACAAGAAAAGUCCGUCAAAAUGCCCGUACAAGCUCUCAAGAAGGUCGCAACCUCUCAAAAUGGUGUCGGAUCAUACAUCCUUCAGCUACGAAAACUCGAUUUCGGAUACUGCGACUGGGCCGGUGCCUCCAGAGGCAUGAACGAAUUCCUCCUCCGCAACCUCAAACAAUUCGCCGCCGAUCACCCCUCCGUCGAAAUCACCGUCACACCACGACCUGCCCACCACCCAAUCAUCCGCGGCACAUACAUCAACGGCAGGGAAAAGGUGAUUUGUGUACGGAACGGGACGCCGAGUGAGAUUUUGGAGAAGUGCAAGUUGUUGAGGGAUCAAAGUGGAGUGAAGUUGAAGAAGAUUAAGGCGAGGAACGUGGUGCAGAGUACGAAUUCCAGUGUUAGAGGUAUUUGGUCGCCGUUCCAUGCUGGGAAGUUGCACCAGAUUUAGGAGGGUGCGGGUGCGAAGAUGGAGAUGGAGGAGACAGUGAUCGAAAGAUCAGAGUGCUGCUUGGAGUUUGAAUGAUACAAUAGCACGCGUCAGAUGAAUGUCAAGAAUCGACAUAUGCAUACGCAGAACGCAGUACGCAAGGUGAAACGGGGGGCACGCCCAUAGUAUAUCAGAGCAAGGGU